UUGCGUGAUGACGCAGGACGACAACUGCGGGUCCCGAUUGCUGCAAACGCUUGUCAGUGUGACGAAGAUUGGCACUCAGGUUGGCCACCUGUCCCUGCUCCCUACAAUGCCCCAGUGUUUGAGGCGCCUGCAGUGAACGUGAUGGCAGCCCAGUCGGUUUCCAUAGACAAAUACCCAAAGGGAGAGCAGCAGAUGCAAGCUGUGGCCAAGCCAGACAGCGAAUCAGAGCAGAAGUUUAUUGAAGGGCCACUGGCAGAGGUGUCCAGCCCGGUGCCCGCUGACCCCCAGACCCCCAUGGACACGGACAAAGCCUCCAUCUACCGGCACCCCCUGUUCCCCCUGCUGGCCCUGCUCUUCGAGAAGUGUGAGCAGUCCACGCUCAGCUCUGACUGCAUCACCUCCGCCAGCUUUGAUGUGGACAUUGAGAACUUUGUCCGCUGUCAGGAGAAGGAGGGAAAGCCGUUCUUCAGCGAGGACCCUGAACUGGACAACUUGAUGGUGAAAGCCAUCCAGGUGCUGCGGAUCCACCUGCUGGAGCUGGAGAAGGUCAGCGACCUGUGUAAGGACUUCUGCAGCCGCUACAUCGCCUGCCUCAAAACCAAGAUGAACAGCGAGACCCUGCUGAGUGGGGACCCGGGCAGCCCCUACUCCCCCAUGCAGGGCCAGGCCCAGAGCUUCUCCCCCACCAAGACUCAGACCCCCAGCUCCAUCUCCGGGGCCAUCAGCCCCCAGGGGCAAAUCGUGGUGCCGGCAACUGCCCUGCAGCAAGGGAACGUCACCGUGACGACGGUCAACCCCACCCAGGUGGUCGCAGGUAUGUCGUCAUGGCAUACGUCCCCCUCCUCAGGGGGCACGGUCUACCAGCCCGUCACCGUGGUUACCCCCCAGGGCCAGGUGGUCACUCAGGCCCUGUCCCCGGGAACCAUACGCGUCCAAAACAAUCAGCUCCAGCUGCAGUUCCACCAGGACCUGAACCUGUUCACUCAUGAGGACAACUCCACCAAGAACAAGCGCGGCGUUCUGCCCAAACACGCCACCAACGUCAUGCGCUCCUGGCUCUUCCAGCACAUCGGGCACCCCUACCCCACAGAGGACGAGAAGAAGCAGAUCGCCACGCAGACCAACCUGACCCUGCUGCAGGUCAACAACUGGUUCAUCAAUGCCCGCAGACGGAUACUGCAGCCCAUGCUGGACGCCAGCUCGUCUGAGACGCCCAAAGCCAAGAAGAAGACGCCUCAGAACCGGCCGCUGCAGCGCUUCUGGCCGGACUCCAUCGUGGCCGGUGGCGGCGGUCAGCAGCAGGUCACCAUGCCUGAUGGUACCAUGGUGACGAUGAACAUGGAGGGCCUGCAGAGCCUGACGUCGGACGGGGCCACGCUGGCCGUGCAGCAGGUGAUGCUGGGCGGGCACAGCGAGGACGAGUCAGGGGACAGCGGGGACGAGGACGAGGACGGAGACAUGGCCGGGCUGGGCCUGGACAACAGCGACUCCUUGCAGUAGAGGACACCCCCCCACACACUGAGUAGACACACACAUGCACACUGGAGCUGUGUCUGACAAAAGCCCCGGGAACUAAUGACGGGGUCACCACUUCUGAAGGAGGUUCUUCCCAUUGUGUUUUUGGUAGAAAACAUUCAUCACAGAGACAUGCCACAAAACCCCUUUCCUUUUCAAAAUUCCAACCUUCGAUAAUUAGGAAAAAGCCAUGAGUUCUGUAGUGGUGGUGUUAGAUCAAGGAGAGGAAAGCUGCUUCAGACCGGAGCUCCAGUAAUAAAAAGCGCCUGACAUGAAUGAAUACGGCUCCAACUCCAGAGAUAAAACAAAGGAGAGAAGCGUAACCUCCUCAGGAAGCCUUCUUUAAGCACACAAUGCUGAAGGAGAUCUGGGAAGUGAGCUCAGCAUCUGAGAGGAGCUGUGGCGGGGGGCAUUUUCCAGAUGGUGGCACAUCUCGACAUAGGCCUGAAGGCGUUAUUCAAGGCUGACCUAAGGUCUGCCACCAGUCCAGGCCCAGCACAGAGCCCCCCCCCGGCAGAGCAGAGCACACAGGGGGGGCGCAGGCUUUCUGUUUCUGUCUCUUUUACGCUUCCUAACGGCAGAAGGUGGGGGUUUUGAAAAGGCUGAUUUCUGUGGUUCCACACAAUGAGAGUCAGCGUCUUCCUGCUGACUGCGUCAUAGUUUCCGGGGGC